GAUGCAGCGGGGACUGAAGCCUCUCCUCUUCUCUGGGCGGUUCCAGCCCCGACAGAGACGUGCAGGGAAGAAAGCCCACUAACAAAACUAUCAGCGCAGUCUCAAACAUGGCGCCUGCCUCCGACAACUUCACAUGAAAGUGCGGCGAAGAAGUGGCCAGCAAAGUUUCAAAAGGAGUAUUUCGAAGUGCUUUUUUUGUUUUUGUUUUGCCGUCCUGUUUUAAUUAACCGGUUUGCAGAAAUAGAAAUACGGAAUAUAUCAAGCGGCUUAAAAAAAAAAAAAAACAGCAAGUCGCCUACAUGUCAACAUUGUCCCUCGCUGCAGUGUAAACAGCUGGUACUCCCAGCCAUGAUCGAGGACAAGGGCCACCGCGUGACCGACUACUUUGUAGUGGCCGGGCUGACGGACAAAUCCACCCCCCUGGAGCAGGACCUGUCCGAGACCAAGUCCAGCGGGCCCAAAGCGCCCAUCACCGACUUGGCCGUCAUCAACAGGUCGGCGGGAGAAACGGUCCCAGAGGGCUUCACUUGCAUCGACAGCACCUACAGCGGCCAGCCAGCCAACCUUAACCAUGGCAGCCUUAAGAGCCCCGAGCUGUUUCUGUGCUACAAGAGGGGCAGAGGGAAGUCUCCUCUCACUGACAUUGGUGUGCUGUACGAGGGUAAGGAGCGUCUGAUCCAGGGCUGCGAGGUCAUCCAGGCUACACCGUACGGCCGCUGCGCCAACGUCAACAACAGCUCCGCCACCUCGCAGCGCAUCUUCAUCACCUUGCGGCGAGCACCGCCCGUCCAGCCUCAGAACUCCCUCGCAGUGACGGAUAUCUGCGUCAUCGUCACGAGUAAAGGGGAGAUACCACCACAUACAUUUUGCAAAGUGGACAAGAACCUCAACUGUGGCAUGUGGGGCUCCAAUGUGUUCCUGUGUUACAAGAAAUCAGUAUCUGCGUCCAAUUCCAUCACUUACAAAGCUGGUCUCAUCUUUCGUUACCCAGAAGAGGACUAUGAGUCUUUUCCUCUGUCAGAAUCUGUCCCUCUAUUUUGUUUGCCUAUGGGCGCCAAUAUCGAGUGUUGGGCGCCAAACACACCUGAUCCUCUGCCUGUCUUCUCCACGUUUGUCUUAACCAUCUCUUCUGGUGAAAAGGUGUAUGGAUCAGCCAUCCAGUUCUACGAGCCACAUCCGGUGGAUCAGCUGAGCGAGAAGCAGAAGAUCCAGCUGGGCCUGCUCACCACGGUGGAGAAGAAGGUGAUCCCCAACCGGCCCGUGAACACCAAUAAAUGCAUCUGCCUGCUCUCCCGCUGGCCCUUCUUUGAGUCCUUCCGUAAGUUCCUGAUGUUCCUCUACAAGCUCUCCGUCUCCGGCCCUCACCCCCUGCCUAUUGAAAAGCACAUCGCGCACUUCAUGCACAAUGUGUCAUUUCCUUCCCCUCAAAGGCCAAGAAUAUUGGUCCAGCUCUCGGCACAUGACACAUUGAUCCUCUCCCAGCCUGUGUGUACACCCUUACCACUCAGCGGGGCAGAUUACGGCACUCUGCUGAUGAAUCUGGGCUCAGAGAACUGCGCCACACUGCUGCACUUUAUCCUGCUGGAGAGCAAGAUCCUGCUGCACUCACUCCGGCCCGCUGUGCUCACCGGAGUGGCCGAGGCGGUGGUGGCUAUGAUCUUCCCCUUCCAGUGGCAGUGUCCCUACAUCCCCCUGUGCCCGCUGUCUCUAGCAGGCGUCCUCAAUGCUCCCUGUCCAUUUAUAGUGGGCGUGGACUCCCGCUACUUCGACCUUUACGACCCCCCGCCAGAUGUUGUCUGUGUUGAUCUGGACACCAACACUAUCUACCUUUCUGACGAAAAGAGGCACAGCAACUGGAAGAACCUCCCAAAGAAGCCCUGCAAGAGUCUCAAUAACGCCCUGAGCAACUUGCACCACCAGCUGGCCCCUGUUUCAGUACGUCAAACACCACAGGAAAACUCAGCAGUGGACAUGACCCCCAUUGAGGCGGACUUCAACUGGCACAAGAAGAAGACUGCGCUGGAGAUGGAAAUCCAGGAGGCCUUUCUUCGCUUCAUGGCGUCCAUCCUGAAGGGCUACCGCUACUACCUCAAACCCAUCACCCAGGCGCCCUCCGAAAAGGCCACAUCUGCAGACUCCCUCUACGACCUGCAAGGGUUUCUCAAAAGCAGAGACCGAGCCCACCAUAAGUUCUACUCCCAGCUCACCAAGACCCAGAUAUUCAUCCGCUUCAUCGAGGAGUGCACCUUUGUCAGUGACAAGGACACCGGCCUGGCCUUUUUUGACGACUGUGUCGAGAAGCUUUUUCCCUCUGAUAAAAUCACAGACAAGGGCACCAAGGUUGAAGGAGAGUCAUCUGAGGACACGAGACUGUUGGAGCUGGACGAGUCCCAGAAGAGUGAACACACUGUUUUUGUCAUGCCCCCUGAACCUCCAGUGAGCGAUGGAACUGAACCUGCCCCCAGAUACACCUAUAAAAGUUUCCCCAGGCUGCAUAUGGAGCUGUUUGACCGUCCUCAGGAGUUCCGCCCAGCGAUCAGCAGCAGAACAGCAGGGGCCAGUCUGUCCAGCAGCCCUGCACUACUGGCUAAGAGGACGAAGCAGGAGAUCAAGCUAGCAUACAAGAUGGCUAAGCGUUACUACUCCAACCCUCCGCUGUGGGCCCGCUGUCUGUUCAGCCACUGCUACAGCAUGUGGUUCAUCUGCCUGCCAGCAGCCGUGCGACUCUCCAAGUCUAAAAGCCGCGCCAUGCAGCAAGCAUACAAUGUCCUCCUGAAGAUGAGGACCACUGAGGUGGAGGUGCUGGAUGAGGUGUGUUACAGAGUGGUGAUGCAGCUCUGUGGUGUGUGGGGUCUUCCUGUCAUGGCUGUGCGAGUCUUGGUUGAGAUGAAGAAAGCUGGAGUGCACCCGAACGCCAUCACAUAUGGAUACUACAACAAGGCCGUCCUAGAGAGCCCAUGGCCGAGCAGGAACCGCAGUGGCCUCUUUAUGUGGACCAAGCUUCGUAAUGUGCUUCGUGGAGUGGAGCAGUUCAAGCGCGCUCUAAACCAGACGCCUACCAAGAAGGAACCCACCACAGCAGCAUCAAUAGGUGGGUCAGCAGUCACUGACGCUGACCGUUUGAGUCAUGGAAGUGCUGACAGUUCAAGUGAGGUCAACGGAGUGGAACGCAACCUAUUCGCCAACAGCCACAGCAUGGAAGACGCAGCAGACAACCACUGUAGCACAGGAAGGCAGUCCGAUCAAGGCUACGGCUCCAAGGAUGAGUUGCACCAGGAGCUGUCUGAUCCUUCACAUCCAGCUGCCCUUCCCACCGAGGAGAGGAACAUUUCCAAAGCACAGCAUAAUGGAGGCGACAUUGCUGGCUCAGUGGACAGUGCUGUAGCAGUAGCAGAGCCCCCCAGUCCUGUUGAUGUGGCCCCGCCUGUGCCCAGUAUUGUGAAGCUGUCCACAGGGAGCUUUGAUGGUGGCAGGGAAACAGGUACAGGGAAGCUGUUCAGGAGACACAGCAAGACUGAUAACGUGUCUCUCCCUGACGAUGAUGCCUCACUGCCAUCCGGCGAUAUAGCUAACCAGCCUCAACCGCAGCGGCAGAAGUCCUUCGCUGAGCGCACCUGUAGCUUCAGCGCUGAAACCCGUGCUGGGAUGCUCCUAGAGAAAGGCGUGGACCACAUGGCCAGUCAAAUGGGUGCAGACGCCCGUAUCCUAGCUGCAGCGCUCGGUGCAGGCAAAAGUCCACCCCCGAAUAGUGUGUCCAAAACACUUUUUAAAGACCUGGAGGAAGAGCCUGAAGACGAUCAGGGGUUGACACUGGUGAAGCUGCCAGAGGAAGACGGGACGGGAGAAGCAGCAGCAACAGCAGAAGAAGAAGGGAAGGGAGGUGAUGAAGAGGUAGAUCGGACUGAGUUAAAAAUGGUGACGCGAGAGAGGAAGCAGACUGAAACCAACGAGGAGGACCCUGGGUUGCGAGGGCCGACGCUGGAGAGGGCGGACGUGGAGGUGGGUGCUGACCCACUUUCCCUCCUGGUGACGGAGUGCGAAGAGUCCGCCUCCGUCAGCAGCCAGGAGCCGCCGCCCCCCAUGCCUGCUGUGGUGUCCCGCAACCUGGCAGAGGAGAUCGAAAUGUACAUGAGCCUGAGAAGCCCCCUGGGCGUGAAAUCCUCCAGCAUGGAGCUCCAGCAGGCCCAGGGAGACUCAGCUGACCCCCCGCAGCCCAAACAGUCUAUGGAGCGAAGGUCCAGCCUCCCCGUGCCCCCUGUCAAAACUCUGAAUUGCUCCCCAGGCGAUACACCCAAACGUAGCCCCACCACUGUUACCCGCUCCAAGACUUUUGCAGCAAAGACAAAGACCCCCGGCAGGGCAACGGGCAGCCCAGGUCCUAGAUCGUCCUCGCUGACGGCACUGGUGAAGUCCUCCCAGGGAGGCUCGUUGGGCUCGGUCAUCAACUCCAUUUCAGGCAUCAAGAUGGACAACCUCUUGUCAGGACCUAAGAUAGAUGUGCUUAAGUCCAGCAUGAAACAGGCGGCAAAUGUGGCCAGCAAAAUGUGGGGAGCAGUUGCUUCAGCUUACUACUCAGAUGACGAGGACGAACAAGCUCAGGGUGGCGGCGGCUUCCCGUCCCAUCUGGAUGAACACAUGCUGGCUGCACAUGAAGCAGAUGAGAGCCCUGAGAGAGGAGUCAUCCCAGGGUUGGUGGCCAACGGUCUCAACCAGAGCUGCACCAGCCUGGGCAGCAGCAGUGGCAGCAGUGACACGGGCCGAGGGACCCACCAGACACAUCCAACUCCUGGACGAGCAGGCAGGGGUCCAGACUCUGAGCAAGGCUCCUUACUUCACGCUUCCUCCUCCAGUAUUUACCAGAACUGUGCACUGGAGGUGCUCAUGUCCAGCUGCUCCCAGUGCCGCUCUUGUGAAGCCCUGGUGUAUGAUGAGGAGAUAAUGGCAGGCUGGACAGCUGACGACUCCAACCUGAAUACCAACUGUCCCUUCUGUCGCACAGCCUUUCUUCCCUUAUUGCACGUGGAGUUUCAUGACUUGCGAACCAUGACCGGGUUUUACAUGAACCCCAGUGCCUCAGGAGACAGUAUCCACAGCACCAGUGCCCAGCCCACAGCCAGCGGCUCAGCUGACAUUAAGACCUCAGACCUCAUCGCUUUCCCUGAAGAGGAACCUAGGGAAACUCCAGACAAUCUGCCCGGAACAAAUAAGAGUCUGAUUCCAGAGCCGGUGCAGUCAGACCCGUUAGGUCUCCUGGAGCACCAGGCAGAGGGGAAGCAGCGAAGCAGCAGUGGGACGUCACUGACGCGCAGCAACAGCGUCGGUGGCCCGCUGCAGAGCCUGGACUACUCCCAGAGACCUGGACACGGCGUCUCCACCACCAGCCUGCCCUGCAGCCUGCAAGCAGUGUCGGAUGGCAUGGGGACUAAACGGCCGAACCCCAAGCCCGUGUCCGUACCCUACCUCAGCCCCUUGGUGCUGCGCAAGGAGCUGGAGACCCUGUUGGAGAACGAGGGUGAUCAGGUGAUCUACACCCACAAGUUCCUCAGCCAGCACCCCAUCAUCUUCUGGAACCUGGUUUGGUAUUUCCGGCGCCUGGACAUGAACACUCACCUACCUGGUCUCAUCCUCACCUCGGAACACUGCAACAAAGGAGUACAGCUGCCCCUGACGUCCCUGUCCCAGGACAGUAAGCAGGUAUACGUCCAGCUCCUGUGGGACAACAUCAAUCUACACCAGGAACAUGGAGAGCCCCUCUACCUGCUCUGGAGGACCUUGUUGGAGAAGAAGGGGACGUUGGCCCCGACAGACCACCAGGAGAUUCGUACCCUCCUCAACACGAUUGUCCACAACAUCCAGACCAACGACGUCUACGGGCCAAUCAACCUGUUGAUCCGAGAGAUCAAACGGCGCCCAGAGGGUGUCAAAAGGCAGAGGAGUAUCUAUAGAGAAAUAUUGUUCCUCUCACUGGUGGCGUUGGGGAAGGAGAACAUCGACGUAGAGGCCUUUGACAGGGAGUACCGCUUGGCUUACGAGGAACUGAGCGCCGAGCAGCUCAAGUCCUUGCACAUCAUGGAUCGACCGCCCAGCCCCAGCGUCCAGUGGUGCCUCAAAUGCUUCGGGACGCCCGUCAUCUGACCACAGACACCUGCGGCAAAGAUGAAAAAAUCUGACUGGUCAAGUGUGACGGCAGGAGGGAAGGAAAGGUGGCGGGCCGAGGUGUGAGUGCAAAAUGAUUUCUAUUUAAACACCUCCAAUCGCCCAAACAUGGUACUUCUUCUUCCCCUCGUCUUGGAAGAUGCCCAUCGUCUGCUUUUUUUACAACCUUAUGAUGCUUUUCAGAGGUUUUCUGAGCAGCUUCUUACAGGAGGGACUGUUUCCGUAAAUGCCUUGGAGAGCUGCAGUAAAUCUUUUGGGACUAGUUGAGGUUUGCUUCUUUACAGAUGGUGUAUAGAAUGAUUUAUCACUGUACAGAAUGUAUCAACUGCCCCUGUUGUAGGCGUGUGUUUGUGUGUGUGUGUGUGUGUGUGUGUGUGUGUGUGUGUGUGUGUGUGUUUGUAAUUGUAUAGUAAGUUCCCUGUCUUGUAGCUUUUUGUCCACUUUGCCUAAAUCUGUCCCAACUGUCUCAACAUUAGAUCAGUCUUAUUUGUUGAGACUGUGUACAUACCCUGAUUGUUUGUUUGUGCACUUUCUGAAAAAAAACCAACAAGGAAUAACAGUAACUCAAGUCCACCUGUCUUUUUGUACAUAUCGUUUACUUUGGGGGGGGAAUCUGAAAACAGGGUUUGCCUCGAUGCCUUGACUGUUUGUGUGAUUCGAGUCUUAAUGAAUGUUAUAGUUGUAUGUAAAUGUACAGGUUCAGAGCGCGGAUCUCUGUCUGUGUAAAUAUGCAUCGGAAGCACACAUGUAAACAGGACAGGACAAUCACUAAUUAUCAAUCACUAAAACUGAUUCUACAACAUUCCAGAUGCCCUGCAAUCAAAACAGGUCUUAAAGAACUAUUAUUGACCUCUGCAAAAACAGAUUAAAAAUCAGCAGAUUAGAAAAAGAGAUUACAAAACAAACGCAUCGAUGGGACACUACCGAUUCCCACACUUUAAAACAAAGACACAUGUUCUCUUGCAGGGAAAGACAGCUCGAUGCCUCGGUGAUUGAGUUUUUAAUAUCUGCAUCUUUUAACAGUAAUGUACUUUACUCGUUCAGCUAAUAUGCCUUAUUAUACUGUUGAAUUAGAACUGUAACUCACAUGUACCGGGGAUACUCCUUAAUCUAGCAUAGAGUGAACCAGUUUAUUUUUUUAAUUGGGUAUACUAUGAGCAGACAUGAUUGCUUUUAUGGUUUACACAGAAGUAGCUUUCGACGUCAAUGGUAGCAAUUAGAGCUUUAUGCUGCGAAGGGGCUUAUUUAAUACUGCUGACACUGUGUUAAGAAAGAAACAAUUUUACAACAUGACAUUCCACUCAAUGCAGAAAUGGACAGGAAAAGGCAGAGUGCUAUGAUGAACUGUUGGGAAGUGGGUGUUGAUGGUCCUAUUGUAGACUUGGGAGACUGACUUUGUACAGAAGCGAUGUUAUUGUGAUAUAUUCAAUUUGCACUGCAGCAAUUAAAAACCUGACCUUAACCAAGGGUGAGGAUGAGAUGAGACCACCUGAAAAUAUUACCAUACAGUAGUUUUUCCUCAAAAACUAAAUUAAAUUCUCAAUUAUUUAUUUUUGUAUCAUUGCCAUUUGGAUUGCAGACAGUGUAACUUUUCAUUUAUAUGACUCACAAACCUUCCCUUCCCCUUUUAAUCUGCCUUAAGGGAUCCCAUCCUGUACUGACUUUGUAAAUCUGGAUGUACAGAAGAGACUUUUCUUUAACAUAGAUUAAGUGACCUCUUACCGUCCUGUGGAAAAGGAAUUGAAUGUCAACACUUAUGUGCGCUGCAAUAAACGAGUUUGUGAACUGAUU